CUGACCUGAAGUUUCAGUGUAGUCAGCGAGCUUUUCAAGUAAUAAAUCAUGGAGACCAAUCAGGAAACUUCCCUCUUCUUGGUGAAGAUCUUGGAGGAACUGGACAGCAAGCAAAAUACCGUUUCUUAUCAGGACCUGUGCAAAUCUCUCUGUGCCCGGUUCGAUCUGUCGCAGCUUGCCAAACUGAGAAGUGUGCUCUUCUACACGGCUUGUCUCGAUCCCAAUUUUCCAGCCACUCUAUUCAAAGACAAGAUGAAAUGCACUGUGAAUAACCAGCAAUCAAAGAAAAUCAUGGUGGCAGCAGAUAUUGUGACGAUAUUCAACCUCAUCCAAAUGAAUGGCGGGGCAGCCAAGGAGAAGCUGCCUAGGGGUCUCCAGAAGGUGCGCAAGAAGGAGGCGUCCUUUGAAUCAUGCAGGUCGGAUACAGAGAUCUGCAAUGCAGCCGAGUGUGAGCCCCUGAACUGUGAGCUGAGUGAGAGGUCUUUCAGCCGGGGCUACCCCACCAGGCAGUCAUCCAAGUGCCGGAAGAUGGACUGUAAGGACUGCCCGCAGUUUGUCCCUGCCUCUGAGCCUAACUUCCUGUUGGGAGUUAGCAAAGAGGUGAAAAGCCGUGCUGCUUCCCUGGACAGGCUGCAGGCCCUGGCCCCGUACUCUGUGACCAGCCCUCAGCCCUGUGAGAUGCAGAGGACCUACUUCCCCAUGAACAUAGAAAAUGAGUCCAUUUCAGACCAGGACUCCCUGCCCAUCAACCAGAGCAUCAAGGAAACCUUCAUUUCCAAUGAGGAGCCAUUUGUGGUUCAGUCCUGUGUCCAGAAAAGGAAUAUCUUUAAAGAGGAUUUUCACAAUUUGAUGGCGGUGUCCCCCAGUUUGGUUGGCCCCGUCAGCAAAGCAGAGAAUGAGCACAGGGAGCCCCAGAGUCAAAAGGAGCCCCACAAGCCACCCUUCUUCAACCACAGCUUUGAAAUGCCCUAUAACAGCCAGUACCUGAAUCCGGUGUAUUCCCCGGUUCCUGACAAAAGGCGAGCAAAGCAUGAAAGCUUAGAUGACCUUCAAGCCUCUACGUAUUUUGGGCCCACUCCAGUGAUGGGAACCCAAGAAGCCAGGCGCUAUCCAGGGAGACCCAACAAGCAGACUCCCUGGCCAGCCAAAAGCUGGAGCCUAAACACGGAGGAAGUUCCUGACUUUGAACGGUCCUUUUUCAAUAGAAAUCCCUCUGAGGAGAGGCUACGCUAUCCAAAUGCCAGUAGCCAGACUCCCAAUUUCCCAGCCCCAGACAGGCGCCCGACUUACCUCCCGCCAAAGGAUCAACAGCCAAUUCUCCCCAUUGCUUAUGCGGCAAAACCAAACGGGCUCAAAUCUAAAGAGAUAUCCUCCCCUGUUGACUUGGGGAAGCAUGAACCAAUCAAAAAGUUUAAAGACAAGAGCAUUAACUGCACCAGUGGGCAGCUCAGCUCAGAUACCAGUAGCGUGGGCACCCAGACUGAGCACGUGCUGGAGCCCAAGAAAUGCAGAGACCUGUGCACCUCCAGUCAGGGCAAGUACAGUGACAGGCACACCAUGAAGCACUCAGACGAUGACUCAGAAAUUGUCAGCGAUGACAUCAGUGACAUUUUCCGAUUUCUUGAUGACAUGAGCAUCAGUGGCUCCACAGGAGUGAUACAGUCGUCCUGCUACAACAGCACAGGGUCCUUGUCUCAGCUCCAUAAGUCAGACUGCGAUAGUUCCCCCGAGCACAACUUAACCAAAAUUGCCAAUGGGGUCCCCAACAGCAAGGGAGACAAGGGUAACCGGCUUGAAAACACCCACCACUCGGAAGAAGAACUGAAGACCAGUGUGUGCAAACUGGUGCUCAGGAUCGGCGAAAUCGAACGGAAGCUGGAAUCCCUGUCGGGUGUUCGUGAGGAAAUCUCCCAGGUCUUGGGCAAACUAAAUAAAUUGGACCAGAAAAUGCAACAGCCUGAGAAGGCGAGUGUCCAGAUAGAUCUGAACUCCUUGACAAGCGAGGUUCCGUCUGAUGACAGUGCCUCUCCCCGGAUGUUCCGUGCACACAGUGGCUCCCAUGGACCAAAACUGGAGAACAACCCUGACUGGUGCUGCUCUGAUGCUAGUGGGAGCAACAGCGAGAGCCUGCGGGUCAAGGCCUUAAAAAAAAGCCUCUUCACCAGGCCAUCCUCUAGAUCCCUAACAGAGGAGAACAGUGCCACGGAGUCCAAAAUUGCCAGCAUCUCCAACUCGCCCAGAGACUGGCGCACCAUCACUUACACCAACCGUGUGGGCCUCAAUGAGGAGGAGAUAAAAGACACAGGCCCAGGAGAUAAUAAAGACUGGCAUCGGAAAUCAAAAGAGGCAGACAGGCAGUACGACAUUCCCCCACAGCACCGACUGCCCAAGCAGCCCAAAGACGGCUUCCUGGUGGAGCAGGUGUUCAGCCCUCACCCCUACCCUGCCUCCCUCAAGGCCCACAUGAAGAGCAACCCACUGUACACAGACAUGCGGCUGACCGAGUUGGCCGAGGUGAAGCGGGGCCAAACUUCUUGGACCAUUGAGGAGUAUGCACGGAAUGCGAGCGACAAGGGCAAGCUGACAGCCCUGGACCUGCAGACACAAGAAUCUUUAAACCCAAACAAUUUAGAGUACUGGAUGGAAGACAUUUAUACUCCAGGAUACGAUUCAUUACUAAAACGUAAAGAAGCCGAAUUCAGACGAGCCAAGGUCUGCAAGAUAGCUGCUCUGAUCGCUGCUGCGGCAUGCACCGUCAUCCUCGUUAUUGUCGUGCCCAUCUGCACAAUGAAAUCAUGA